AUGUCAAAGAUCAAAGGAAAAAGGGAGACCUCGUCCAGCAAAGUGUCUAUAUCGGAUCGUCACGCAAAAAAUGGAGUCUCCGCGACCGCAUCCACCGAGAGUUUAGGAGGCUCAUGGAAAAGUAAAUUCCCCAUUUGGCCUGAAUGGAACGAAGCAGAUAUCAACAAGGAAAAGUGGGACUCCAGUAAAAGCGAGGAUGGAAAACCAUCAAAAGGAUCGACUGCAAAUGUGCAUCCAUUCUUUGAAGAUCCAGAAGGUAAAGUUCCCCUUCCUAUGGUUCUGAGGGUGCACUCUUGGAAACGACCAAACGAGUUCAUAACCAACACCAAGAUGCCAAGUGUGAUUGAAAAUCAAAGUACCUUUGACCUGCUGUCCCCCAAUGAACAUUUGAUGUGCAGUGAGCUGAUCAGAUGGAUCAUCAGUGAGAUCUAUAUACUCUGGGCCCACAGUAAGAGUAUGUCUCCUGAACAAUGCACAUGGAAGCCCUGGGAGCACAUCUACUCUCUCUGCAAGGUCAUAAAGGGUCAUGUUCCACUCUACAAUAACUACGGCAAAUAUGUGGUCAAACUCUACUGGAUGGGCUGUUGGAGGAGGGUUACAGUGGAUGAUUCAAUGCCUUUUGAUGAAAGCAAUAAGCUGCUGCUCCCUGCCUCCACAUGUCCAUCAGAACUCUGGCCAAUGCUGUUAGCCAAAGCCCUGAUUAAACUGGCUAACACAAAUCCUCUUUCAGAGACUAGUGGAGAGGUGGGAGAAUUCACCUUUAUACCUGCACUCACUGGAUGGGUCCCAGAAAUCAGUCCAGUCAAAUCAACAGGCCUGGACAAAACGUGGGAUUUUCUGCGAGACACAAUUCUCACGUACAGCUACCCAGAUGAGAGUGCAGCGGAGUCCAGACCUCCGACGGCAGCUUCAUCUGUUCUGAAGGACUGUGGUCUGAAUGAAGCAAACAGCCAAGGGAAGCUUCCUGACAAUUUGGUGUGUGCUGGCUUUUACCCUUUCAGUACACAGAAAAUGUCUUCAGAAUUUGGACAAAUGGCUAAAUCUUCUGCAGUUUUGCGUCAGUAUGGUCUGUCCUUAAUGUACAGCCAUGUUGUUUUAUUGACCAGAACUAGAGAUUGUCCACUGGAACCACCCCCAAAACCUCCUCCAGUGCCCCGCUGGAAACUGAUCCGUCCUCGCAAAGAGAUUGUGAUUUCAGAUGAACCUCAACAGUUCUCUUUGUCGGAACCAGAAUUGUUCAUUGAAGUUGCCAGUCUGUUCCUGCAGUUCGGCAUCAAGAGCAGCCCUCUGCCAGAAAUGCACAGAAGACAGGGCCAGAGUGCUCAGGGCAGGCGCUCCUAUGAAGCUCCUCUGGUGUCCAUCGCUGAGAGCGAGGAGGCUGGGUGCAGAGGCAAAGGCCCUGAGCUUUAUGCGACUGAAUGCUCCACUAACUCUCUAAACAACACAGCCAAAACAGAGGUCAUUGCAGAACAUAAGAAUAAGGACAAUGAAGACAUCUCCAAUGCUCGUCUAAGGUCUGCCAAGGAGCAACCACGAACCUCUCAGGAACCAUGUGCUCCUGUCAAACCUGUCCUGCAUGAGACCUGGGUGGAACUAGAAGACUUUGCAUCAUGUUUUCAGAAUCUGAUUGUGUUUCAUAAACCACAAAUUUACCCACACCAUUUCCACACAUGUCACUUCCUGACCUCUGUGUUGCCCAAAUCGUUUUUACAGUCUGAGUCUUGUGCAGCAGCUGGCCCUGAGUGUGUGGAUGUGAGGGGCAUUCACUACCUGUGCAUGGACAAUCUGCAAUCCUCUCAGAUCUUCAUCAGCCUCUCAGCUCUCCUCCUCUGGACUAACUCAGCAGAGGGCAGGAAAGGAGCACAUUUCAGUGCUGCAGUGCUAAUGGUCCAGCCAUACUCAUGGAAGAAUCUGCAGUGUAAGCUCCCAAUUCUCACUAUCAAGACUUCCUGCACCAAAGCAGCCAAGCUUCACUUACCCCCGGGGAGACAUGUACUGCGUAUUUACACAACAUCAGCACUGGGUUAUAGCAUACGGCUUUUCAGUGAGACCCCUUUCGUAAUUGGGGAUGAAGAUGCCAUAAUGUCAAAAAUGACCAAGAGCAGUCUUCACUUCACCGCGCUGGCUUCAUCCAUCCUCAUGGCCUUUUCCAAGGUGGUGGCAUCCUUCUGUGAUGUAGAUGAGUGCCCUGCUGCCAGGAGAGCCCUGCUCAAGACCUACUGCCCCCAAAACGUCAACGCAAUGAAGAAUUGGGAACUCUGCAUGGUCUUUAACUCUGCGGUCUACAAUAUGUUUUCUGAAGCUCUUGGGAGGAGGCUAACUGCUGAUGAGCAACUUGCACUUCAAGCUCUCACUUUGGACACAUCUUUUCUGGCCAAUGAACCACAAUCAGACAGGGGUCUACUUUCAACAAGCUUGAAAAACUGGAGAGACAGAGAACCAGCAGAAGAGGAGGAGAAAGCAGCUGCCAUUAUUCAGGCUGGAGUCAAGGGGCAUUUAACCAGAAAGAUUUUUAAAGCUGCCAAACCAGGCACACCGGAGAACGCCCGAGCAGCUCAGAUCCUGUCCGACAUGUGGCCAAAGGUAGAAUCUGAUGCAGAGAAACACACUGCCCGUCUGCUGAGGUAUAUUAUUGAGAACUCUGGGAAAGAUGCUGAACUAUAUCCCUGUCAAAAGGACAACUGGGCUAAUAUAAGUUAUGCUGAUUAUUCUACUCAGAUCCAAGACACCAGCAGUUCCUGGUUUAUAGUCUUUAGAGAGGUGUUCCUUGUGUCCAAUGAAAUACUUCUAGUACCAAAGGUCUCCUCACAGCUUUCUUCCUGUGUGCUGCAUGUCAUAAAUAAUGACACUGGAGAGGAGCUCAACACUGUUUUUAACAACGUUGUUCCUUAUGUUUAUCAUCCCAAUCAGCUUGGUUAUACCUUUUUAGCAGAGGCUGUUUCUGAAUCCUCUACAACUAACCCCACAUGGAGAAUGCGCCUCAUCGGUUCAAAUGAGUCCCUCCCAAAGCCAGCGAAUGAGAAAUCAGUGAAUAAGUUUACUCUAAAGGACUUCAAAGAUUAUUACAUUCCAAACAAAUAUAAUAUUAUAUGUCGCCAUAUUGUGGAAGUUACCACAAAUGUGUUGAGUACUAUUCAGUUUGAAACCUCCAAGUCUGACGUUAUGAUCCGAGUCUCAAUUCUGGACCAUGAAAAAGACGUCACCAGCCGCACAGGGAUGGGGCAUGUUAUGAUUCCUGUCUUCUUCUUUUUAGCCAAUGUUGAUGAGAAAAACCAGGACAAGCCGGGUGGCCCCAAACAAAGACACCAAGUGGACAAUGUGCAGCCUCCCACAGAGACCACGAGCCAUAAAUACGUGGUGCAAGCUGAGGUGCUAUAUGAGGGCUGGGACCUGGAUGAGUCUCAACUGGAUUUUGUCCACACACUCCAGGAUCUAGAGAAGAGCGACUUGAGAGUGAAUCCAUCUGCUGACACACCGACGCCUCUCACUGAACAGCCAAAACCUGAAACACCUAAACCCAAAGAGAGAGGGAAGGGAAAGGGAAGCUCCAAGAUCCAGGAACCUACUAUAGACCAGUCCAAAGCACACUGGACACUGCGUUUGGUCACUGACAAAGCUGAAGACAUGAAGGUGAGGAAGGACACUGAGAGAAGAGAUGAGAUUAAAGCCCUGAAAAGAGCUUGGGAGACGGCCGAACCGGGACGUGCUGCCAAGGCUUUGCAGCUUCGGCUCAAGUUUCUCAAACAAUUCAAGGAAAAUACAGAGAAUACAGAGAAUAAGGAUCCUGCUGCCUCAAAAUCCAACGAGAAAGUGUCCUCAAGCUCCAGCCCAUUUGUUCCCAUGGACUUUACGCCCUUUAUCAGGCAGGAGAAGGAUGAGCCGUCAUUGUACAGUGCCCAGAUUGAGGAGUUACAGAUGAGUGAGUGCAUGGAGAAAAUUCAGUCUUAUCGCUUGGUACGAGAAAAUGUUCUGGAGCUUCGCAAAAAGGAAGAAAUCCACAGAGAGAAGCUCAAGAUACAUCAACGGGACAUGUAUGACAAUAUGCAGGCAAACUUGUGGGUGAGCCGUAGGAAGUUGAUGGAAGUGUCUGCUGUGUAUAAUGUCUCUACUGCAUUGGACAAAGAGGAAUUGGAGAAACAAGCCGUGGUGGAGGAUGAGCAGAACGCAUCCUCCCAGCAGCCAGCCAAACCUGCCAAGAACACUGGCAAGAAGAAGUGAUGGACACUGGCCCUGACUCUGCAGCAUUUCUCACUUCAGACACCUUUAUUAAGUGUGACGAGACUCAAUCACACCUCUGCAGUUUGUAUGUGAAGGAUUGCCUAGCACUGCUCCUGACCUGUGCAGAUGCUUAAUAAAAUGCAUACUAUAAAAACUCUAUGCUGUUAU